AUGAACAGAGAUGAUCUACUCACACUCUAUAACAGGGGAAUGCUCAGUACAGAUGCAAAGAGGAAGGCUGCUUUUAAAGAGUUUUUUAACUAUGUUCAUCCCGUUCCUUUGCUCUUGGGCAAUGAUGAAAAUGACAAAGAAUGUUUUGCUCAGUAUGUUCCUAUUCAUGAGACAUUGGUGACACUUUUCAAAAAUGAGUCUCUACGCGAACAGUAUACCAUGACACGUUUGCAGCCAUCUACUGAUGCUGUCUAUCAGGAUGUCAAGGAUGGAGAAGGCUUUGAAAGUAUUCCAAUGUUGAAAGCUGACCCUUCUUCACUUGGUUUAAUACUGUACCAAGAUGCCUUUGAGGUUGUCAACCCCCUGGGCUCAGGGAAAAAAAAGCACAAGGUUUUAGCGGUUUACCUAACUCUGACUGAUAUCUUGCCUCACAAUAGAUCUUCUAUUGAUCAGAUGCAACUUGUUCUCUUAUGUAGGGAACAGGACUUUAAGUAUUUUGGGGUAAAUAAAGUUUUUGCUCCCCUGAUUGAGGACCUCAAAAUUCUGGAGCAGAGAGGUGUAGUCACAUCUGAUGGCAUUGUUCUAAAGGGCUCUUUGGUUGCCAUUGCAGGAGACAACCUGGGAUCCCAUUAUAUUGGGGGAUUCUUGGAGAACUUCAGUCGGUCUACUUAUUUUUGUCGUUACUGUGAGGUGUGUAGAGAUGAUUUCCUGACUAAUCCUAUAUCGUGUGGUGUGUACUGUGACCUAGGAGUGGCCCAAGACAAUUAUGUGUGCAUUAAGCAGGAAGAUCUACUGGACUACUAUCCUCUUUCAGCAUACAAUGUAGGCAGUAUGAGCAGGGAGGAAAGUGAGUAUACAGGAUACGUGAGGAGAGAUGCCAAGGAGGCAGUGUUGUCAUACUUGCCUGAUCUCCCUGAUGACCUUCUUACCACCAUGCUGGAUGAGCUUGGGGUCGAGUCUAUUGAAGAUCUGACCUUGGUGGAGGAGAGGGAUCUGGUGAAAUACCUCAAACCUAUCCAAAGUCGGAAGUUAUUGAAGGGCAUCAAGGACGGACUUGUUACUCUUAAUAUGGAGUUGGUCUCUGCUCCUGAUCCAAGUGCUCCAAGUUCCCUAACUCCAUGUCCUCCAAACACAACAUUCCAGCCUCCAAAUCAGCUGUUGCCCAGCCCUCCAAGCACUGCCCCAAGCACGUCAAGCGCUUUACACUCUGGCGUACCAUGGCAUGUUGACUUUCGUCUCAACUGGGACCAGGUGUCACCAGCCAUUCGACUUAGAGUGGAAAAAGAAGAAAGACCAUUGCCAGACGAGAGAAAGGCUCUCGUGGUCGUGCUCGUGGACCAAAUGAUGCAGCACGACCGCAACCCAACCAGAGCCAUGUGCCACAACGUUGUGAGAAACAUUGUCAGGAGCCAUCCAAAAUCAUUUGGCGACAUUGGCAAGUACGGUGAUACUGCUGGAGACGGAUGUCACUCUCUUCUGCAACAAGUAAAAACGAGAGUGGAGUACAAAAAUAGGAAUAAAACUCUUGCUCAACGCCGCAGAGAAAGUAGACCGCGCACGGGAAUGGCAGGAGAGGCCAGACUGGCAAGAGGUCCUGUUGACCAAUACGGGUGUGUCAGGUGGGGCCCAGCAGAUUUGCCAGAGGGGGAGACCGAGGCAACGUUGGAGAAUAUAAAGAGGGAUCUGCUGAACAUCUACUCAGGCAUGCCAUCUAUUGUCUUUUGGGAGGAAGGAAUGAGUGGGGCAGAGAGAGCAGAACCAAUGAUGGAAAAGACAUACGUCAUCCUGCGGAAAUACCUUAACAAAGUGCCUGCUGCAGCGAUGUCUGAGAUCAAACAGGAAUGGCCAUUUCUCUUCUCUCAGAAAUGCCUAUUCUCGCACUUUGGCCUCCUGACGGACGUCGAUGUCCUUCAGAAGCUACAGGAGGCAAUUAGUCGACGAGGACAGACCAUCCUGGAUUACUGUGCAACACUGGACAACCCCAAGAUCCGUGAUGUUCUGGCCUGCUAUGAUCCAGACUCUGACAAGGCUGCCUGCAUUCUGCUGCUCCUAAUGUUGUACUUCAAAGAGCCGAAAGAGAGUUUGAUGCUUGAAGUUGAUCCAUGUGCCACUGCUGUGGACGUCAAUACUGCAGAACUCCCCGGAACCCCCUGCUUGAUCAUUCAAGGUGUCAUGAUGAAGCCCUCUGGAUGGCUUAUAUCCAUCGAGGGACAUGUCGUGAUGGGCCCACAACCUUUCUUUUUACACGGAGUAGCUGCUUUCUUCAGCAGCUAUUACGUAUUCAACCUUGAGUAUCCUGCCGCUGGAUCUUCGACACUGGAGUUCAUUCAAAGAUGCUUCCUGGGCAUCAAUCCUGAAAGAGGCUCAAAGACCAAGAAGCGGACAACAAUGAACCCUCAUGUGAGCACCCUUUUGAGGAAACUUAUUGACUUUGAGUGGGCAUCAUAGUUUUUUUUUUUUUUUGCAGCGGUAGUUGUCAGGCUCAGUUUUGAGUAGCCUUGUUCUUUUUGUAAUUUUUCAAGACAACUUUGCACUACAAGAUUUUUACACAAUGCUGUUGCGUUUCUUGGCAUCUGCUGUACAUUGAAAAAUAUUUUUUUGUUAAUAAAUAUGCCAUUGGGCUAACGUUGA